CACCACACAUUAAAACUUGUUUUAUAUUUGUUCAAACAUUGGUUUUACUUCAUCUGCCAAACUCAACACAUGCAUCAACAAUACAUAUAGCAUAUGCCGUUAUAACUAUUGUCAUUACAUAUAUACAUUGAUUAUAUAUAUAUAAAUACAUAUAUAAAUUUUGAAGUUUUUGUGAGUGAAGCUAGCUAGGAAGAAAUGGAAGUACCAACAAAUGUGACAAUUAAAGGGAUACUUGGAAUGUUGAUGGCAAAUGUAAAUGUUGAUGAUGAUAAGAAAAAAAAAUGUAUAUCUUUAGGGAUGGGUGACCCAACUGCUUUUUCUUGUUUUACAACAACUUGUGUUGCUAAAGAUGCUGUUAUUGAUGCUUUAAACUCUCAGAAAUUUGAUGGGUAUUCACCAACUGUUGGCCUUCUUCAAACAAGAAGGGCAAUUUCUGAAUAUUUGUCCGUUAAUCUACCGUAUAAGUUAUCCCCGGAUGAUGUGUAUGUAACAGCAGGCUGCACGCAAGCGAUAGAAGUUGCCAUAUCGAUUCUAGCUACACCAAAUGCAAAUAUAUUGGUUCCAAGACCAGGAUUCCCAAUCUAUGAACUUUGUGCUGCUUUUAGAAAUGUUGAAAUUCGCCAUUUUGACCUUCUCCCUGAGAAUGGUUGGGAGGUUGACCUUGAUGCUGUUGAUGCAUUGGCUGAUCAGAAUACCGUUGCUAUUGUAAUUAUUAACCCCGGGAACCCAUGUGGUAAUGUUUAUAGUUAUCAACAUUUAAAGAAGAUUGCUGAAACUGCCAAAAAGCACAAGAUUGUGGUUAUAGCAGAUGAAGUUUAUGGGCAUUUAGCUUUUGGAGCGAACCCUUUUGUGCCAAUGGGUGUUUUCGGAUCUAUGGUGCCUGUUCUUACACUUGGGUCAUUGUCAAAAAGAUGGAUUGUUCCUGGUUGGAGGCUUGGGUGGUUUGUGACCACUGAUCCUAACGCAAUUUUCAAAAAUUCCAAGACCGUUGAGCGCCUUAAGAAGUAUUUUGAUAUUUGCGGUGGUCCAGCAACCUUUAUACAGGCUGCAGUACCUCAAAUAUUGAAGGAGACAAGUGACGCCUUCUUCACAAGAACUCUCAGCAUACUUAAACACACGGCGGAUCUCUGUGUCAUAAAAAUAAAAGACAUCCCUUGCUUAACAUGCCCAACAAAACCGCAGGGAUCCAUGGCUGUGAUGAUGAAGCUCAAUGUUUCACUACUAAAAGAUAUCACUGAUGACGUCGACUUCUGCUUCAAGGUCGCUAAAGAAGAGUCUGUAAUCCUUCUUCCAGGACGUACAGUGGGACUAAAGAAUUGGGUCCGGAUAACUUUCGCCGCAGAACCAUCUUCUCUUGAAGAAGCUCUUGACAGAGUGAAAUCCUUUUACUAUAGGCAUUCUUAUGAACAAAAUGGUUCAGCUUGAUCCACGAAUGAAGAACUACGCACUUCACCAACAAAUAUGUGUAUAUGUUCUUUUUUUUCCUAGAACUACAAAAAAGUUCUUCAUUGUAUAGCCAAUGUAACUAAAGAAUUACAGUAGCUUUAAACAUGUUUCUCUCUAUUUACCAUACAUACACUGUAAACUGUAAAGGUUCUGAAAACUUAUGUAGCUAGACCACAUUGCAAGUAAUCAGUUUCUUAAGUUAGUUUUUUUUUU